GCCUCUGCGACCGCGCGUGCGCCACUGACAUGCUGACCGACAAUUUCCCUAUUUCUCAAACCUCCAACUCUUUUCUACUUCUUCCAUCACAUCUGCCCAACCCUUCGGAUGCACGCAGCCUUUGCUGAUCGACUGUUUGUCUUCCUGUACAGGGCACUCUCCAUCCUCGACUUCAUCAUUGAAAGCAUUGCAUCGUCUUCGUCAAAUACCUUGAUUUAACGCUCGCCUGGUCUCCCUGCAGACCUCGACGCCUCCUUUUCCAGUCCAAUUACCGAGUCAUCCGCAGUCGGUUGCAUCGCAUUUCAGCAAUGCCCCGUAGAAUUGCGAAUCCCUUCUCGACCUCUUACCCUUCCGCCAUGCCGCUUACCGAGAAAGAAAGGAGACCCUCUCGUUCCGGCAACCGCAUCGCCAACUUCUUCACCUCUCCCAAGGGCGCCAAGGACAAGGACCACCAGACAGCCCAGCAAGCCCUCUUGGCCAUGCAGCAGCAAAAUGUUUCUUCAACCCAAAUCACUCCCUCCACCAUCUCACUCCCCACCAUUUCCCUCUCAACCGCCACCGCUGGCGAGCCGGAUACCAACGAACCCCCUACUACUCUCUUUUCCCCUCCCUCCAUGGUGGAGACGGAGAAGAAGAGACGCUUCGAUGCUCAAUUCGGUCCUCUGCUCCAUCCUAGUCACCGAUACGUGAGCAAGUCCAACGACGGCAAGCCGCUCGACCCGCCCAUCAUUGAUGAGCCGCCCUACUACUACGUCCUCACCACCUACAUCAGCUAUUUGAUUCUCAUUCUGUUCGGCCAUGCCCGCGACUUCUUUGGAAAGCGCUUCGGCGACAAGAAGCAUUACCAGGCCCUCAAGCCCCAGAAUGGAUAUGCCCCCCUGAACGAGGACUUUGACAACUUCUACGUCCGUCGUCUGAAAAUGCGCAUUGACGACUGCUUCGCGCGUCCCAUUACUGGCGUUCCUGGUCGCUACAUAACCCUCAUGGAUCGCGAGUCCAGGGAUUAUAACCGUACCUACAAUUACACCGGCACCCAUACCGAGACCCUGAACAUGAGCUCCUACAACUACCUUGGCUUUGCCCAAUCCGAAGGCCCUUGCGCCGACGCCGUGGAGGAAUGCGUCAAGAAAUACUCCCUCAGUACCUGCAGCCCUCGUGCUGAUGUUGGUACUUCGGACUUGGCCCUCGAGGUCGAGAAGGAGAUCGCAUUAUUCGUCGGCAAGCCUGCCUCCAUGGUCUUCUCAAUGGGUUUCGUUACGAACGCUAGCUCUUUCCCCGCGCUCGUGUCCAAGGGUUGCCUCAUCCUCUCCGACGAGUUGAACCACGCCUCCAUCAGAGUCGGUGCUCGUCUCUCCGGCGCCGUCAUUUCCUCCUUCAAGCACAAUGACGUUGUCGAUCUCGAACGCAAGCUCCGUGAGGCCAUCUCUCAAGGUCAGCCUCGCACCCAUCGCCCGUGGAAGAAGAUUCUUGUCGCCGUCGAGGGUCUGUAUUCCAUGGAGGGAACCAUGUGCGACCUGCCUGGUAUCAUGGCUCUCAAGGACAAGUACAAAUUCUACCUUUUCAUUGAUGAAGCCCACUCCAUUGGCGCUGUUGGUCCCCGCGGCCGUGGAGUCUGCGACUACUUUGGCAUCGACCCCAGCCGCGUUGAUAUUCUCAUGGGUACACUCACCAAGUCCUUUGGCGCCAACGGUGGCUACGUUGCUGCUGAGAAGAGCAUCAUCGACAAGUUGCGCAGCUCCAACGCCGCGACCAUCUUGGGCGAGUCGCCUGCGCCUUCCGUUCUUAUGCAAAUUCUGGCCUCCCUCCGCCUGAUCACCGGUGAGCUCUGCCCUGGCCAGGGUGCGGAGCGCCUGGAACGUAUUGCCUUUAACUCCCGCUACCUCCGCCUCGGUCUCAAGCGUCUGGGCCUCAUCGUCUACGGCCACGACGACUCUCCCAUCAUCCCCGUCAUGCUCUACAACCCUGGCAAGAUGCCCGCCUUCAGUCACGAGAUGCUCAAACGCAAGAUUUCUGUCGUCAUCGUCGGCUAUCCCGCAACGCCGCUCAUCAGCUCGCGUGUCCGGUUCUGCGUAUCUUCGGCCCACAACAAGGACGAUCUUGACAGACUCCUCGCGGCGGUUGAUGAGGUUGCCGACAAGCUCCAAAUCAGAUUCUCCACCGGCAUUGCUGGCGGCCAAGAGCCUCUUCCUGAAGGCGUCACUCCUGAAAAGGAGAAGGAGUGGCGCAAGGCCAACGGCUUGGAAGGCGCCUACAAGCCCCCUCGCUGGAAGCUCGAGGAUGUUAUAGCUCGCGGUGUCCAGGAUGCCAAGACGCGCUUGCGAUAAACGACAUGUCUUUGCAGUCAAAGUUGGAGACUUGCAACGCGAAAAUAUGUCACGACUGGUCAGACUCUUUGGGUCAGACAGUGACGAGGCGCGGACUGAACGGAACAAUGAAGCAACGUCUCUCGGCGAAAGAGGGGGUUUGGUACCUUGUAUUCAACCCCGCCUUUGCAUGAUGCUUGUGAUAUCAAUGUUGAGUCUCUAUUCUAUUAUCCUUGUUUGGGAGAGAGAGCCUGCAUGGCCCUGGCGUUUUUGGGAGUAAUGGUCGGAAUAGCGAACGAAUUCAUGUGCUACGGCACCGUACCAAUAUAACUAGUAGUAUUAGGCUCCAAGGAGCUGAGAAACAUAGACAACUAAGGCAGCUUAGAGUAAUGGACAUACCCUUUAUUGGACACCCUCUUGGUCGCACAGCGAGUGAUGGGC